GAUUCAGUGAUGGGAUUCUUGGAUGUUUUGGACUUACCGCUAAGAUGAUAGCUCUUGUGAUGCUUGCCUUUGUCUUUAACUCCGCAAUAGCUUACUCAGUGGUAGUCUUCACAUCACUGAAUCGUUUUGUCUCAACUGGAUUUCGAUCGUUUAUCUCUAGUCUCAUUCAGAUUAAUGAGCAAGGAAAGAUGUUCUCGCUUAUUGCAUUAUUAGAGGGCAUAACGGGACUCCUAGCAUCUGCUAUCUACAACAACCUCUACCCGAAGACGUUAUCAUUCUUUCCUGGAUUUUUUUACCUCUUAAGUGCUGCGCUUCUAGUCAUACCGCUGAUAAUUCUCGGGUAAAG